AUGACGAGCAUCAUGGCAACCAUGGAGAUCGUCCUGGGAAGGAACCCAGCAAUGCUGAAGUUUGCGGCGUGGUUCAUCAUCUGGAUGAUGUCGAGCAUUGUCUACUUGCCUGUGUCCAUACCAAGCUUCUUCUCGUUCCGCAUGAAGUUCCAGAGUCACCAGCUGAUGCUGAGUCAGAUGGCAAAUUUCGAUGUCCGUGCUGCCAAGUGCACCGUGCAUGCUGACCGCCUGGCAAUUGAGCAUCAGGUGACGGAGCUUUUUCGUUUCCGUGACGAGCUGCAUGCUGAGGAUUGGCCCCCAAGCUCUACCGAACAUGGCGAAAUCUACCUUCAAAAGUGUCACCCCCUGGAACAGAGUGGAUCUGAUCCUUUGGGCCGUUUCAACGAGUAUGUUCGAGGGCCGUUGCGUGAGUUCGUGAUCGCGCAGAUAGGCAACGAGCUGUACGUUCCGUGGCGCAUAUGCCUGGUGGCUUUCCUGCCUAUGAUCUUCUACAGCUCAGUGAACGUCCUGGGCUGUGACAAUGGACCAUGUGAGGAAUCUGCCGAGCUGGCUGGCUACAGCUCAGAGCGCGUGUCAGUGUCCAAGAAACGCAAGCCCGCCUACAAACGCAGCUUUGACAUUUACACAAACUGUAUCGGCGGCCACGAAUACAUGCUCGUGCAAACUGUGGGAUGGACGCUCUGCAUCCUAGCGGCCUUCCCUCUGACCUACCCGACACUCCUCCGGAUGGUCCGGUUCGUGUUGUCGCAUGGACAAGGGCCGUUGCAACUCGCUGUGGCUUUCCUGUGCUGCCCGUUGGCUUAUCUCUAUAGCUACCUGUGUGGAAGUCUUAUUUGGGGCUCUCUUGUUUCCUUGGUGGAGAACUACUCGCGAGUUCAGCUUGGGCUGUUCCUGGUGAUCAUGGUCUUCCUUGCCAUCCAGGUCUCGUGCCUUUUCUCUACCGGCAGCAAGCACGAGCAAGCGUCGGCGUCGUGCCGUUGCACGCAGCGUCAGGAGACUGCGUAUGAGUUUGCAGGCCUUCGUCUGCCCUCGUAA